AACACAAGCAGCGUUUCUUCUUCUUCAAAAUCCCAUCUUUCUUUGAUUCACAGCACUCUCUCUCUCUUUCUCUCUCUCUGAACUGUAAUGGAAAACCGACUCAAAUACGAGUCUCUCGCAUGUUCAGCACCUCGUUCGGGUCUUGCAGGACCCGAAACUUCUCCGAUGUCAUGGAAAAAGCUCCACACUACCACCCACCAUCCUCACAUCUCAUGGAGCCCCAUGUCCCCCAGACUUCGUCCCUUUCCUUCCAUCUUCAGACCAAAGCCUCACAAUCUCUUCACGCUCCAUGCUUUGAUUCCCUCUGCGACGACCUCAACGGUAGGUCUUGUCUUCUUGCUUCUCGUAGCUGCGAGAAUGACAAGAAAGAAGCAGAUGAUUUUGGAGGGAAUUGGUGUAUAGCAGUGACGACGAAUGACGAGACGGACACUCUUUUCUCUUCUAAAAGCACCUCGUCUGACUCCUCACAGUCUCGCCGGUUUCGCCGGAGGCAUCGGUCUCUCGCCGGAGAAAAUGGUUUUCUGCCAUUGCAGGUGAAAGUGAAGGAUAGCUUCGCCGUGGUGAAACGUUCGAGUGAUCCUUACAAUGACUUCAGGACGUCAAUGGAAAUGAUAGUGGAGAAACAGAUAUUUGCUGCAAAGGAUUUGGAGAAUCUGUUGCAGUGUUUUCUGUCACUGAAUUCACAUCAUCAUCACAAGAUCAUUGUGGAAGUAUUCACGGAGAUUUAUGAUGCUCUGUUCUGUGACUGGGUUUAGAAUUUGAAUGGAAAACAGAGAGAGAACUUUUCUGAGUUCAUUGUGCUUUGUUUCUAUGGAAAUUAGUUUAGUUUCUGACUUGGCUUAGCUUAGCUUCCUUGU